AUGGCGGCUGGCAUGGGCGGGCUGGAAGGAUUGCUCGGUGGACUGGCUGCUGGUGGUGCGUUGGAUGCUAUCUGGGAGAACCCCAUGGUGGCAAACAUCGCAUUCCACCCAAGCAAGAUUGAGCCGAGCUAUUUGGAUUCUACGGGUCCCAUCCGAGAUGGUACCUUUGACACCUCCGAUGGGAACAAGAUCAGCUACAGGUUCUACGUGCCUUCAAGCAUGAAGCCCAAGAUCGUGGUGUACUUCUUUCAUGGCAAUGCCGAAGUUUGCACUGCCAUGGAUGACAUUGCUGAGAUGCUUCACGCGCAUGGGGCUGCAUUGCUGUCCAUUGACUACAGAGGCUACGCUUGGGGCACAGGCCAGCCAAGUCUCAAAAAGCUUUGCGCGGAUGCGGACCAGUGCUUCACUGCCAGCGAGGGUCUCCUGGCCGCUGCCGGCUUCGCGGAUGCGCGGCGGGUGGUCUUUGGGCGUUCCAUCGGCGCCACCUGUGCUGUGCACCUGGCGCAGAAGAGGGCGCGCAAGGUCCACGGGCUGAUCGUGGACUCGGGGCUGAUGUCCAUCAAGCAGCUGCCCACGGUGCAGAUGCUGGGGCCCAUGGUCUUCCAGGGCAACACCGAGAUGUUCCAGCAGCUGCCGGAGCCCUUCGACACUCUCGGUAAGCUGCCGGCUGUUGGCUGCCCCGCGCUGGUCAUGCACGGCGACAAGGACGAGAUUGUGCCCUACACCCAGGCCGUCCAGUGCCACGAUGCCCUGAAGACGCCCGCGAAGAAGCUGCAAUGUUGGGUAGGGGCGACACACAACGAUGUGUGGUGCCUCUAUGCAGAGCCCUGGCGACACGAGGUGAAGACGCUGCUGGAGCAGGCGCUGGAGUUUGAGAACUCCUUCCCAGCGGGCGCUUUGGUGGAGACGCACUCCCUGUCUGCCGCAGAGCUCAACGGCCUUCAGGGGCGCAUCUUGGGGCCUGAGAAGGACCGGCUUCGCGUGGAGCUGCCGGUGGGCGUGAAGGCGCUGAAGCCGAGCAACCUCAAGCUGCUUGAUGAGGAGCCUGAGAAAGGAGCUGACGACUUUCCGAUCGGCGCAACGGUCGAGGCCCAUUCGCUGUCCUCCGCCGAUCUCAAUGGUCGACGCGGGAAGGUCUUGGGCCCUCAGAACGAGCGCGUGCAGGUGGAGUUCGAGGAUGGCAAGAAGGCUCUGAAGCCUUGCAACUUGAAAGUGGUGGAAUGCCGAUUCUUGAAAGAUCCCGACGAACUGGUGGCACAGAGCUGUGAGGUUGCUCUGGCGACGAUUGCAUACUGGAAAGCCUGGGAGGAGCUUGAGGCAAGGAUAGCUGGCGAUGCCUGA